CCUCCCGGCUCCUGGAGACGGUGAAGCGCCUCAGCGCAGGCCUGGCGCUGAGCGAGACGGAGCACUGCCGGGUGCAGGAGCUGGAACUGCGGUGGGAACGGACGCGGGACACGGCCUGGGCACGCUGCAGCCAAUUACAGCGAGCGGGGAGCUCUGGCCGCCAGCAAUGGAGGCAUUUGCAGGGGAUGGUGGAGGAGGCGCUGGAGGCUGACAUCCCCGGCAACUACGGACAGCUGCAGGAACGGCUGGAGGCCCACAAGGUGCUGCAGGUGGAGAUGGCGCUGGCUCGACAGACGCUGGACGCGGUGGACGGCGAGAGGUCACCGUAUCCAACCGCACCGGGUCCGCACAGUGAUGCUGACACAGUGACCAGGAUCUCCCCCGGGAUGUCCCCCGAGCUCCGCUGCAGGAUCCAGCGGCGAGGGACCGAGCUGUGUGUCCGUGCCAGCCAGUGGCUGCGGUUCAGCGAAUCCUGGGCCAGGCUGCAGCAGGUGCUGGGCAGUGCCACAGCCCGUCUGCGAGCGAUGGAGAGGCUCAGCCGCUACAGCCUGGGACUGCUGGACCAGCUUCAGCACGAGGAACGGAGCCUGAGGCGCCACAGGAGCAGGUACCUGCAUACGCUGGACCUGGGGGGACAGCUGCUGUCGGUGGCCGACCCCCAGACCCAGCGGGUGCUGCAGGAGCAGCUGGGGCAGCUGCGAGAGAGCUGGGAGUCCGCCGGUGCACGGGUGAAGGACGGGGCUGCCCGGCUGACCCACGUCCAGGAGAUGUACAGCAGCUGUGGUGAGGAGGCAGCCGUGCUGGGGCCCAAGUUCCAAGACCUGAGGAAAGAUCUGAAGAGGGCUCUGCCUCGAUCCACUGAGGACCUUCAGAGGGAGCAAGGCAGGCUGCAGGAGCUGGAGCAGACCCUGGAACACUGGGCCUGCCGCCUCACCGAGCUGAGCAGCCAGACGGCCCUCCUCGGCGCCCACCUCGUUCCGAGCGCAGCGACCGGCUUCCAGGAGCAGGUCACACAUCUGGAGGACCAGUGUGAACAGCUGCGGCUGGCGAGUUCCGUGCGGAGACGGGAGAUAAGCCGGGGGCUGGACCAGUGGCUCCUGUUUAACUCCAGAAGCAAGGAGCUGGGAGAUUGGCUGAAGCACAUGGAAGAUCGAGUUUCGCAGAGCACGGGAACGGGAACGGGAAUCGAGGAGAUGAUCGACAGGCUCCAGAAGGACUGCAUCGGGGAGAUUGCGCUGUGGGAGAGGAGCCGGCAGGCGGUGCAGAACCUGGGCGAGGGGCUGAGGGAUGUGAGUGAGCCGGGCAGGGUCAGUGAGAUCGACAGCAGACUGCAGCACGUCCACCGCCGCUGGCAGCACCUCGUCCAGCUCGUCGAGUCCAGGGUGAAGAAUCUGCAGGAGACCCUGGCCUCCGUGCACGCCCUGGAUCAGGAGAUGAGCUGCCUCCGCUCCUGGCUGACCCACAUCGAGGCUGAGCUCUCCAAGCCCCUGGUAUACAACGCCUGCGACGAUCAGGAGAUCGAGAGGAAGCUCGCAGAGCAGCAGGAGCUGCAGCGGGACAUCGACCAGCACGGAGCGGGGGUGGCGUUGGUGCUGCACCGCUGCGACGGGCUGCUGCAAGACUCUGACACCGACACCGAAUGCGACUCCCUGCAACACCAGCGGCGCAGCCUGGACCGCAGGUGGCGCAGUAUCUGCGCCAUGUCCGUGGAGCGGCGCAUGAAGAUCGAGGAGACGUGCCGACUGUGGCAGAAGUUCCUGGAUGACUACGCGCGUUUCGAGGAGUGGCUGCAGGGGGCAGAGGAGACGGCUGCCCAACCCAACACCUCGCACGUCCCCUACUCCCUCGCCAAGGAGGAGCUGAAGAAGUAUGAGACAUUCCAGCGACAGACCCACGAGAGCCUGACGCAGCUGGAGCUGAUCAACAAGCAGUACCGGCGCCUGGCGCGAGAGAACCGCACCGACACCUGCAGCCGGCUGCGGCACCUGGUGUCCGAGGGCAACCGGCGCUGGGACAACCUGCAGCGCCGCAUCGCCGCCAUCCUGCGCCGGCUCAAGCACUUCACCAACCAGCGGGAGGAGUUUGAGAGCUGCAGGGAGGGGAUCCUGGUCUGGCUGACCGAGAUGGAUCUGCAGCUGACCAACGUGGAGCACUUCUCCGAGAGUGACAUCACAGAUAAGAUGCGACAGCUCAACGCCUUCCAGCAGGAGAUCACCCUCAACACCAACAAGAUCGACCAGCUGAUCGUGUCGGGGGAGCACCUGAUUCAGAAGAUGGAGCCGCUGGAUGCAGUCGACAUCGAGGAGGAGCUGGAGGAGCUGCACACCUACUGCCAGGAGGUGUUCGGGCGCGUGGCACGCUUCCACCAGCGCCUCACCUCCAAACGCCCAGUGUGUGAGGACCAGGACCUGCGUCCCCCAGAGCCGGAGGAUGGGGAGAGGGCAGGGGACACGGAGGGGGAGCUGCCGGCCCUGACCCCGGCGCCUCCGGACGGAACGUCCCAGCAGAAGUCGGGCCGGGAGACGCCGGUCAGCGUGGACUCCAUCCCGCUGGAGUGGGACCACACGGUGGACGUGGGCGGCAGCUCAUCCCACGACGAGGACGAUGGGCUGGUCUACCGCCCCCUGGCAGAUGUAGACGUCACCGAGAGCCCCGAGGCCUUUGUUAAAAUGACCGAGGGCACCCUGAGGUCAUUCUCUGGAGACCCGUCCCUGGAGCCCACUGACUGGCAGCCGAACUGCUCCGCAGCAGGAGACAGGAAGGGUGGAGCCGCCAUUGGGCAGCGUGCGGCUGCGGGGCUCCCCUCUGACCCAGCGCAUCGACAGGGCUACGCCAAACUCCUUUCGGAAUGUUCGGGAAGUGCGGAUGGUGUCCGGCGAGUGCCGGCUGACCUGGGUGACGAUGUUCCCCAACACACGGGACCUGUGGAGGCAGGAGUUCUGGAACAACCCUCGGCGGGGCUGGUGCGCUGGGACCUGCUGCACGCUCAGGCCCUCAGCAAGGAGCUGCUCAUCAAACAGAACCUGCAGCAGUGGCAGCAGCUGAACUCGGACCUGGACCACAUCUCGGCCUGGCUGGACAGCGUCGCGCCGGUGCUGGAGGGGGCGCGGACACCACAGGCACCCUGCAGCCUCGCUGCGAUCCAGGAGAGGCUGCGCACCCUCGGGAACAUCCAGAAGGAGCUGGACAAGUACAAGGCGCUGGUGGUCUCGGCCAACCUGUGCAGCCGGGAGUUCCUGCAGGCCGACAGCGACGAGGCGUGGGAGCUGCAGGGCAAACUGCACCAGGUCAACUGCAACUGGAACAGCACCUCGCAGGGGCUGCAGGACUGCUGGGGCGACCUGCACCAGGCCCUGCUGCAGAGCCAGGAUUUCCAGCACACCACCCGCUCGCUGCUGCUGUGGCUGGCCAACUGCGAGAGCCGGCGCGGGCGGCUGCAACCGACGGACCCGGCGCUGGGAGUCCACUCCCUGACGCAGCAUCGCAAGCAGCUGAUGGAGCUGGAGGAGGAGUUGUUGGCGCGGCAGCCGCAGGUGUUGGGCCUGGAGGAGGUGAGCCGACAGCUGCUGGAGGACGGACAGGAGCCCCGGGAGCUGGACGCCCGGGAACAGAUCCGGGCCGUCGGGAGCAGAGUCCGGCUGCUGCUCCAGGAUGUGGCUGCGGAUCUGCAGAGCAUUGACCAGAGGCUGGACGCGAGCUCCAUCAUGUCUGUCGAAGAGCUGGACUUCACGGUGGUUCCAAAGGCCAGCAGUCCGCUGCGGCACCCGGCGGGUCUGCGGGAAGCCCCGUCCGUCUCCGCGGAGAGGGCCGGCGAGGUGACGAGGGAGCAGGGGCUGUCGGGGGGCCGGCCCUUCCUGAGCCGGGUCCUGAGGGCAGCCCUCCCACUCCAGCUCCUCCUCCUCCUCCUCCUCCUCCUCGCCUCCCUCCUCCCUUCCCAGCAGCACGACUACAACUGUGCCUUGGCCAACAACUUCGCCCGUUCCCUGUACCCCAUGCUCCGCUACACCAAUGGGCCCCCACCCACGUGACCCCCACUCACGGGACCCUCAUAACCAUAGGACCCCCCUCCACAGGACCCACCCACUGGACCCCCACCCAGGACCCUCACCCAUGGGAACCACCAAGGGCCACCAUCCAUGGGAUUCCACCCAUGGGACCUUCAUACCCUGGGACCCACCGCCACCCACAGAAUACCCUCCACCCAUGGGACCACCCCCCACUCAUGGGACCUGUGACCCUGCCUGGACCACACCCAUCCUGAGGGACCCUCUGACCCCUCUCCACAGCCCCACCCACCUCACGGGAUGGGGGGUGCUCCUCUCCGAGGGGGGAGGGUUUCUCCCCAUGGGGAGGGGCAUGAGUUCUGACCCCAAUGACUCCCUGGGGGAGGGGUAUCUCCUGGCCACCGAGGGGGUUCAGUUUGUUUCGUUGUCCACCUGACACAGAGAGAACAGACUCCCUCGCCCCUCCUCGCCCCCUCCUCACAACCCCUCGCCCCCCCUCACCCCCUCCUCGCCCCUCCUCACAACCCCUCACCCCUUCCUCACCCCCUCCUCACCCCCCACGGAGAGUAACACCAAGGGGCAGUCUGGUGCCACAGUACAACAGAGGCAAACUCUAUCCACCUUCCUCUGGGGGCAUCACCCGUCUGCUCCCCCCACCUCAAACAUCCCCCCCGCCCCAUCCACAGCUCUCCCCCCAUCCCCUCACCCAUCCACAGCUCCCCCCCAUCUCCCCCUCCACAGCUCCCCCCCAUCGCCCCCUCCACAGCUCCCCCCCAUCGCCCCCUCCACAGCUCCCCCCCAUCGCCCCCUCCACAGCUCUCCCCCCGCCCCCUCCACAGCUCCCCCCCAUCGCCCCCUCCACAGCUCCCCCCCAUCGCCCCCUCCACAGCUCCCCCCCAUCGCCCCCUCCACAGCUCCCCCCCAUCGCCCCCUCCACAGCUCCCCCCAUCGCCCCCUCCACAGCUCCCCCCCAUCUCCCCCUCCACAGCUCCCCCCCAUCGCCCCCUCCACAGCUCCCCCCCCCUCUCAUUUUGUCUUCCAUCUGCUUUUAUAAAUUUCUCUCUCUCGCUCUCUCUAUCUACACCUUCCCGGAUGCAUCCCUUCCCCUCCCUCCCCUCCCUCCCCUCCCUUCCCCUCCCUCCCCUCCCUCCCCUCCCUCCCCUCCCUCCCCUCCCUCUCUCUCUCUCCUCCCAUUUUCCCCCUCUCUCCAUUUCCCCCAUUUCACCCUCUCUCUCUAUUUCCCUCUCUAUUUCUCUCCCUACAUUCCCCCUCUCCCCCAUUUCCCCCCUCCAUUCCCCCCUCUCUCUCUGAUUCAUUCCCCACACACCCCCUCUCCCUCUCCCCCCCCCUUGCCCUCCCUACCUCUGACACUGGUGUGUGAAUGAAUUUGUACUGCCAGCUCCCGCCACGAGUCUGUGGAACCGCAGGUGACCGGUGCACUGUACGGCAGUGUGAUGGGAGCUCACACUUCUGGGAUAUAUUGUUCAGUGAGAAUCAUUUCUAUAUUGUACAGGUUGAGAUUUUUUUUAGUGGGAGUCUGGGAAGUGUAGCUUCCCGGGAUAUUUAGGGAAAUGGGAUAACCUGCCCGUGCUAUUACACACAUUGUGUUUGCUCAAGUUGCUCAGGUGGCAGCUGUUUGUAUCAAUAGGCAAUAAAACCUGUAACUGUU